UAUCAAACCAGUUUGUUUCGUUUCAUAAAGCAAUCCGUAUGAUAUAUAUUUCGACAACUUGCAUCAGAACACAUGGACAGAAGCUGAUUAUUGUAAGAGUUUUGUGACUUUUAGAAUCAACACAUAUACAGACAGUCAAAAUGGUGUUGACUUGUCGUUUUUAUGCUAACAAGUACCCUGAGAUGGAGGAUGUUGUAAUGGUCAAUGUCCAAUCCAUCGCAGAAAUGGGAGCUUAUGUACAUCUACUGGAAUAUAACAACAUUGAGGGCAUGAUUUUGCUCAGUGAACUGUCCAGAAGACGUAUCCGGUCCAUCAACAAACUUAUACGUGUCGGGCGAAGUGAAUGUGUUGUUGUGAUCAGAGUGGAUAAAGACAAAGGUUAUAUUGAUUUGUCCAAGAGAAGAGUUUCUCAAGAAGAAGUUGCUAAAUGUGAAGAAAAAUUUGCAAAGGCAAAGGCAGUAAACAGCAUUCUUCGACAUGUGGGUGAGUUACUAGAGUACGGAACUGAAGAACAGUUAGAGGAGCUAUACAAAAAAACAGCCUGGUACUUUGAUGACAAAUACAAAAAGCCAGGAUCAUCAUAUGAGGCAUUCAAACAUGCUGUAACAAAUCCAGAAAUAUUGGACGAGUGUGACAUUGACAGUGAAACAAAAGAUGUUUUACUGGAGAAUAUCAGACGGAGAUUAACUCCACAGGCGGUCAAGAUACGAGCAGAUUUAGAAGUAGCUUGUACAAACUAUGAGGGAGUUGACGCUGUCAAGAGAGCGUUGAAGAAGGGUCUCGAACUGACGACAGAGGCCAUGCCUAUAAAGAUAAAUUUGAUUGCCCCACCUUUGUAUGUAAUGACAACACAGACGUUAGAAAGGUCAGACGGCCUAGCCAUGUUAAACAAGGCUUUAGACGCCAUCAAAAAGAACAUAGAGGAGGCUGGAGGUGUAUUUAACGUCCAGAAACAGCCUCGUGUGGUGUCGGACAUGGACGAUCAAGAGUUGGCCAAGAAACUACAGCAGCUGGAGGAUGAAAAUCGGGAGGUUAGCGGAGAUGAGGAUAGUGAGGAGGAGGAUGAAGGGAUGGGUGUAGCCGAUGACUUAGAGGAGGAGGGUGGUGAAACAAAAGCAGAGGAAGCUGACGAAUGAUUAGCAGGAAAAAAUGAGUGAUGAUACUUUAUGGCUGAAAAUCAGGACAGGAUAAAUGUUCAGAUUAGUAAAUCCAGAAUCAGUAUGGAAGAUUACAAACAUUACUGAGGCUACGGCAAUAGUUCCUCGUUAAAAUAAUUAUGGAGAAGGUUAGCAGGACGAAGAUUGCAGGAUCAGUUGUGGGAAGGUUUCUUGGUUCGUUAUAUUGAGAUGAGCCAGUGUUUUAAGAAGCUUCUGCCUCUUUAGUGCUAAUUACAUGAGUCGCCUCUGUCGAUGGCAAAUGGAGCAGCUGUAACCAGAAGUCUAGAUUCAUCAGCAUGUAUUCAUAGCUGGUGUCGAUGCCUCAUAUUUGGAUUAAAGAACCUCAUUGGGAUGAAACAUAAAACACUUAAUUGGUGUUAGUUUAGUUGGUUGUAGUAAAAAAUGAUUACAAUGUACAAUGUGAAAUCUUCAGAUUUAAACUAAACAUUUUUACAUCUUCAAAAAAUGAUGUAUUAAACAUUUGAUAGAUAGCAGCAAUGUUCUUCUUUCUACAUAAAAGUGCUGAUAGACAUUUUUCUGGAUGAAUGGGUCAGUUUGUCGUUCUUGAAGACUGAAUUAUGGAUGCUACUUUUGUAUCUUAAGGUAAUCUCGUCAUCAACCAUUAUGGAUUAAGUUAUUCCACACUGAUAUCAGUUGUAUGUUUUUGUAUAUGUACAUGAUAUCAUAAUAAAAAUAAAAAGUA